AUGCAGUCUGGAAUCUCAGCCUCCGAGGAGCUCCAGAAGGCCUUCAGCUCGCUGCUGGCGACGCCGUCCGACUUUGCCCUGCUGGUGACCAUUGAGCGCGAGACCCUGACGCCCGUUCAGACCAUCCCGGGCACGUCUUCCGACUUUGGACAGAACCUCUCUGUGCUCGAGCCCUUCAUCAAGCCCGAUGUCGCCCUCUAUGCCAUCCUCCGCCGCUACGAAGACUCGCCCAGGUUCGUUGCCGUGACGUACGUGCCCGACGCCGCCAAGGUCCGCCAGAAGAUGCUGUUCGCCUCGACGCGUCUGACGCUGACGCGGGAACUGGGCACCGAGCACUUCCGCGAGACGCCGUUCAUGACCAUGGCCCACGAGUUGACGGAAAAGGGGUUCAAGGCCCACGAUGCACACAAUGCACUGGAGGCUCCCCUGACUGAGGAGGAGAAGACGCUGGGAGACGUGAAGAGAGCUGAGCAGGAGGCUGGGUCUGGCACAGCUAUCCGAGAAAUCCACCUUAGCAAGAGCCUGUCGAUGCCGGUAAACGAGGAUGCCAUUGCGGCAAUGAAGGAGGUUGCUGAAGGGCAAAAGGCCGCAGCUACACUGAAAAUCAACGCAGCUACCGAGAGAGUCGAGCUGGCGACUGACUCAUUGGAUCCGAGCUCUCUCACCAGUCUCAUUAAGAGCAUCUCGCCAGUCGAGCCACGGUUCACCUUUUAUCGGUUCACUCACACCCACGAAGGAACUGAGCAGACCCCGGUGCUCUUCUUUUACACUUGCCCCGCCACGGCUGGAAACAAGGCAAUCAAGAGCAGGAUGCUGUACCCUCUUAUGAAGCGUGCCGUCCUCACCAUUGCCGAGCAAGAGGCUGGCAUCACCCUGGAGAAGAAGUUUGAGGUGGAAGACCCCAGCGAGCUUACCGAGGAGGAAGUACUCAACGAUCUCCAUCCCAAGAAGGUGGUAUCAUCGGGCUUUAGCAGGCCCAAGCGCCCGGGCAGGUAG